GACGGGAUGUGAGAACAAGGGAGCGUCUUAUGCUACAGCCAGCUAAAGUAUUACACACAUUUCGUAAGCAAGGAGUCCAGCCAAGCCUGUCACCACACUUUAUAAACCUGACCUCAGGCAGUCCCCGCUGAGAUGGGUCUGUGGGACCUGCUCUCAGAGCUGCUGAAGGGAAUCUCUUCAAGAUCCUACUAAGGGUCCUUCAAAGAGACAUGGCACAAACUGGACUUACGAUUUUUCUACUCAUCAGCUUACUACUGCUGGAUCAGACCAUCAGCCAGGCUUCCAAACUCAAAGCCAGGAAGCACAGCAAACGUAGAGUGAAAGAAAAAGAUGACCUGAAGACCCAGAUUGACAAACUGUGGCGAGAAGUAAAUGCUCUGAAGGAAAUACAAGCACUCCAGACAGUGUGCCUUCGUGGGACCAAGGCCCAUAAGAAGUGCUACCUCAUGUCAGAAGGCACCAAACAUUUCCAUGAAGCCAAUGAAGACUGCAUAGCCAAGGGUGGGACACUGGCUAUCCCGAGGAAUAACGAUGAAACGAACAUUCUUCGAGAUUACAGCAAGCAAAGCGCGCCCCAAGUGUCCGAGUUCUGGCUGGGUGUCACUGACAUGGUCAAUGAAGGGAGGUUUGUUGAUGUCAAUGGCAUGGCUCUGCAGUACUUCAACUGGGACCGUGCCCAGCCCAACGGGGGCAAGCAUGAAAACUGUGUCUUUUUGUCUCAGUCAUCCCAAGGCAAGUGGGUGGAUGAAGUUUGCCGCACUGCCAAGAGAUACAUUUGUGAAUUCCUGAUCCCAUAAUUACAUACACAAAAGACCACGGCCAUGUUUUGGGUUAUCAACACAGAGUUUUGCUUAGUAACCCCUCCCACACAGAGUGGCGAGUUAACAGUAUCCCUCUCCUGCAUUGAACUCACUCUUUACUAAAACACAAGUUUUCUCUGUUAAUUUAUUUUCUAUUCAGAUGCUAAAAAUGUUUAGUGAGUACUCUCAUCAUGUACAGGGAUAUAUAUUAUGUUUUGGCCUACAUUAUAUCAUAUUUUGGCGUAUUAUUUCAGCCUGAUGUCUGAGUGGCUGGAUUUCACCUUUUAUUUCUGUACUUUAAUUACAAAAUACUGCUGCAUGGUAACCCUUUCCAAUAUGAGCUGUAGGGAUCCUCUCAGUUCUAAAGUUUAAGAGGAACUUUGGGACUAUGUGAGCUCCUGUGAAAACAGCAAUCAUCCUUUAUAGAGUUUAAUUGGAUGGAUCUGUGGCCAAGAGUUUUACCUAUGGGUUAAGAGUGCUGAAUGAAACAAAAAUCUGAUCUUAAUUAUUUAAAUACAUGCAGUCCACAGUGAUACACUGCUGGAAAAAAGGGGGGUAGCUGGUUUAAAACAUCAGUUAGUCUAGACAUGUUUGCCUCUAAAUGUCUCAAUUAUGAUUAAAUAUUAGAUGUCAUUUGGAACAUUCCCAUAGAAUAAAGCAAGCUGGGACUAGAUCACACUCUGCUGUGUGAAGCCUUGCUAAGCCUUGUCUCCUGCAGGCUCAGACACACUGCCAUUUACAGCCGCUGCCUGAAAGCCCUGCGAGGGAGACAGGAGCCCCUUUCUGGCACAGCAUUCCCACUCACUCACCUCUCCCAUGGGAAGGGCAGCACACCCCAGUGGAACAGAAAAGUGGGGCCAGACUACCAUGUGCAAAUGUUCCCAAUUUAACACCUGACAUUUGAAAAUGAAGUAAAACACACUGGCUGCUUUUGGCUGGUCUGAAUCUCCCAACAGAGAUGUCCCUUCACAUCAUAAAUAGCUGUUUCUCUCAUUUCAUUUAAAUAUUUAAAUAUAUUGCUGCUUGGAGGAUAAUUCCUAUUCCUUAUCUAUUAAAUGUGCGAGAUUUUCUUAAAUUAUGCAAUAAAUUCGCAAUUACCGGUAUUUAAUUGUUGUAGUAUUUUUGCCAGCUUAUGCAUCCCUGUGAAGGCCAUUUUUUCCUAGGACUUUCCUUGAGGAUUCAAAAAGGGCACCUUUUUUCUACUAUUGUACUUAGAGGCCACAGGAUAAAAUUUGGAUCUCUGCUGUGUAAUACAGCCCAAAAGCUGCAUAACAUCUAACUACUCAAGGCAUCUGUAAUGUGUUGUAUUUAAAUUCAUUUUCCAACACUUAAUGUACUUGUAAAAUUCUGAAUUCUCUCAUUUACUCCUGAGUUGAAAUAGAGCAGCAAAAAGGCCCCAAAUAUAUCCAACUUUCUUUCAAAAUCUUGAAAAAACUUGCUAAGGUUGGGGUAAAAAUUUUUGUUACUUUAUUUGUACAUGAUUAAAAGUCUGUAUGGCUUCUUAACCUCUGACUUGUCUGAAAUAAGUCAGUAUCUCAGCAUAUCCCUACAGCUACAGUCAAACUGAAAAUCCACCACAAAUUCCAGAACUUGUUUAACUGGCACAGGACUAUGUAUUCAUAGGCUGUUUUGCUGGGGUACCUAUUAUAAAGAACAUGAGCCACUUCAUGCGGUUUCCCCACCAGGUGUAAACUUAUCACAUAAAAUCUCGUUUUUUAAAAAACACUUUCUGGGUGAUCCUGUAAGAAAGCAUUUAUCAUCUUGAGACUGGCAAUAAGAACAACCCUGAUAGUGGAUGGUUCUUGUGGAGAAUCCAGCUGAGUUCUCGGGAUCAGCCCAGAUUACAUUGCGGAAUCCUGGAAUGAACAUGGAACUCCUGAGAUCAGAGACUGUUAAAUAACAAAGAAAACAUCUUCAGCUUUCUUUUUCAUGGAAUAGGGAUUCCAGCAUCAAAAUGUUUGUGCCAAGAAAAGCAAUUUAAAAGUGAGUAAUGAGGGCACAUUGUUAACCAUUACUCCUAAAAGCUCUAUUUUUCAUUUUUAAAGGCUGCACAAGUACAGACUAUUUUUGGAAGUAACUCUCCCUUCGGUCCCUCUUCAAACCCACAGAAUAUAUAUAUUCUCCUUCGGUAAGGAAAGGUCAACACCUUAAAUCAAACAUCUUGUGCAGUCAAAGCAAAACUUUCAAGGGAACUCAUGACCAGGUUUUAAGGAGUACAUUCAGACCCAAGACCCAAGGUCCAACAGCGUUCAACACUCAGUAAUUGAGCCCUUUUGAAAAUCCAGCUACUUGGUGCCAACAUGAUAUUCUAGCCAUUGGAAAUCUUUUUCUCUGUGUUUUCCAGGUCGUUAUGUAUCAAUUGAAAUGAAAUCCAAUGUAGCCAUUAAUUUGCACUUCCAUAAAUGCUUUUUUUUUCCUUAUUAGAUAGUCUUAAAAUUAAGUUAGUAGAUUAGACAACUGUGACUGCUUUUUUUGUUGCUGAAUUACAGGAUCAGUAGGUAUCAGGAAUGUAAACGAAUGCAAUGGUAGCCUCUUACUGAAUUCAAACUGAUUUUCAGGCAGAACAAGAAGUAGCUGGAGGUCCGUGAAAUACUGACUUGUCUGUAAUAUGCAUGGGGGAAGAAUUCCCACAGUCUUACCAAGGAAAUAAAGUUAUGACUGCAAACCA